GGCGGACCCAGCCGCACGCGGGCUCCGCCUCCAGCCCGCCUGGCUUCGCCAGGGCUCCUCCUUCUCCUCCAGCGCUUCCCCCGGGAGCCGGCAGUGGCUGCAGGAGUUAUGAGAAGCGCGGGUCCGAGUGCACGCCCGGCGCCGGCGCUGCUGCUGCUGCUGGCCGGGGCCGGGGUGUUCGCCGCCGCCUCGCCGCAAGCCCCACCGCUCUUCAACGUGAGCCUGGACAUGGCCCCGGAGCUGCGCUGGCUGCCGGUGCUGCAGCACUUCGACCCGGACUUCUUGCGUGCCGCGAUGGCGCACAUCGUCUGGGAUAAUGUCCCCAAGUGGGUCCUCGAAUUGAUCCGAAAGACAGUCAGGAUGCUGGAACUCUUCCUGCCGAAGCCCUUCAUAGGCGAGAUCCGCGGCAUGUGCGACGCCCUGAACUUCCAGCUGGCGGACUGCAUCCUGCUCAACCUAGUCUAUGAGUCCUCCGCAUUCUGCACCAGUAUUGUGGCUCAAGACUCCAGAGGCCACAUUUACCAUGGACGGAAUCUGGAUUAUGCUUUUGGAAAUCUCUUACGCAACUUGACAAUGGAUGUGCAGUUCUUAAAGAAUGGGCAGGUUGUGUUCACAGGAACCACCUUCGUUGGCUAUGUAGGAUUAUGGACUGGUCAGAGUCCACACAAGUUUACAGUUUCUGGCAACGAACGAGCAGAUAAAGGCUGGUGGUGGGAGAAUGUGAUCGCUGCCCUGUUUCAGAGACACUCCCUGAUCAGCUGGCUCAUCCGCACUACCCUGAGUGAAUCAGAAAACUUUGAAGCAGCUGUUUACAAACUGGCCAAAACUCCCCUCAUUGCUGAUGUUUACUACAUUGUUGGUGGCACAACCCCCAAGGAGGGAGUGGUCAUAACAAGGAACAGAGGUGGCCCAGCAGACAUUUGGCCUCUAGAUCCUUUAAAUGGAGCGUGGUUCCUAGUGGAGACAAAUUAUGACCACUGGAAGCCAGUGCCUAAAGGAGAUGACCGGAGAACACCUGCCAUCAAAGCCCUUAAUGCCACGGGCCAGGCAAACCUCAGCCUGGAGGCGCUCUUCCAGGUUUUGUCAGUGUUUCCGGUUUAUAACAACUACACAAUUUAUACUACGGUAAUGAGUGCUGCCAACCCAGAGAAGUACAUGACCAGGAUCAGAAACCCGGGUUAAAAGCAGGAGAGUGAAAUUCACCUGUACUGUGAAGAUGAUUUUUUAACUGCAAUUUUUGAAGAGCUGCACUUAAAAAAAUAAAGUGAGAAAUCAUAUUUUAUUAUGUGAUCAGAGCUGGCUCCUUUCUCAUUAAACUUUUCAACCUUGUAAAGUGGGAGCAGGAGGAUCACGAUGGAGCUUGUUUUGGCGAAGUGGGUAAUAGGCGUUUUGCAUUUGCUUUCCUUCAUGGCUUACCUUGAACUUCUCUUAGCUUCUUCUCUCCUGGCUUGAACAACUCCAAGAUCACUGGUCCCGGGGGGCAAGCCAUCUCCGCGGGCUUUAUUCCCAGCUUCUCGCUGUUACUGGUAGCUAUGCUGUCAUACCUCACCUGAGAAAGAUGAGCGGGUAAGACCUCUUUGUCCAUUAUGAAGUGCUUCUGGAAGAGUCUGCCAACCUAAACAAAAUUAACAACAGUUAUUAUUAAGCAAGAAUGAGUUUAUUUGGGAAUAGCAGAGGAAUUGCAAUUCUGGACAAGCAAACUGUGGCAAACUGUAGGCAAGUGUGAGGAGCAAAGGGAAGGGUGGCUUUUAUUCGGUUCUGGGAGGAAACUGGGGAGCGUUGUUUUGAACAAAAGGUCAUUGGAGGAGAACAAGAGUUCAGGGUUGUUGCAGUUUCACAUCGGUUACAAGUGAUGGUCAGUUUGCCGUUACUGGGAAGCCUUUCUUCCUGCUGGCUGUACAAGCUGAGGCCAGGGGUAAGAACACUCCCUUCUCGGCGUCCCUACUCCAUUUUUGUUUGUUUGUUUUUUGGCGGGGGUGGGGGGGUAAUUAGGUUUUUAUUUAUUAAUUUUUAAUGGAGGUGCUGGGGAUGGAACCCAGGACAUCAUGCACGCUAAGUACACACUCUACCACUGACCUACACCCUCCCCCAACAACUCCAUUUAAAAUCAGGUUUGCUUUAUCCAUUUUCACACUUCUCUGUUUUGCUCAAGAUCUUUCUCGAAAAACAUCUCUGAUGCAGCAUCAGGUUGUUUAUUUUGGUUGAAAUGUUUUUGCCUGUGUGUGUCCCUCAGGGCUGGGAGGGAGCUUUCCUGGGAGUUAUGCUGAGGGGGAAAGAGCAAGUAGCAUUUGGAAACCACAGGGGCCACAUUUGAGCAAGGAAGGUAAUAGGAAGGGGGCUCAGGCAUCUCCCAAUCUUAAGUUCAUGUCUUCUCAAGGUUGUAAGCCUUGGAGAUCAUCUCAAAGCGUUGAGCUAACAUCACAUCAUUCUAUUUGGUGCAUCAUUUCUGAAGAUAUUUGACAGGCAAAAGAUACAAAGUUUAAAAAUGAUUUUGCAAAGCAAAAUUAAAAGUAAUAUGACAAAUCCAGUUUGGAUAACUGUCCUGAACUAUGAAUCUAGGCUUGAAGGCGGCCAGCUGAACAGAUUGAAGGACCAUGGGCAAUUGGAUGAAACUUGUAACCAGUGUACUCGUUUCCUGAUUUUAUGUAAUUGAGUUUCUUUCUCCCCAGGGGAAUUUAUCCAUGUGCAACAAGCAGUGUUUCCUGCCAGCAUAUACUACCUUGUUCUGCUAGGAGGUAGCCAAGGGCAAUUUGGUUAUUUAUUACCACUUUAGCUAAGGAAUUAUGAAAUUAAAGAAACCUCAGCUAAAAUUGGAGCUAAGACAGGCCUGUAUGGGGAGCUCCCCCCCAAACCCCACCAAUCAUCAGUUAUUCCAAACAGCAAGAGGCAGACACUGACAUCUCAGACAGGAAGGUGUUGCCUGCUCUACUAUCCAGCAGGGAGAAGAAAACUCUCUGAUGACAGCACAGCCAAUCAGACUGUAGCUGCCUGACCAAUGAGAAGCCUCCAUACUUUGGAUUCCCACCUUCCUCCAAUGAACUCUCAUUAUUACAAUGCCUCCCAACUCCCCCUGCCACCUCUUCCCUAUAAAAGCAAAGUCACCUUCCUUGUUCUCUGGAUUUGCCUAUGAUCCACCAUAGUUCGCAUAUCCUGAAUUGUAAUUCCUGUGGCCAUUCUCAAAUAAAACUGUUUUUGCUGGCAAAGUAA